AUGGCUUUUUGCAAUUUCCACUGGAUACCCCUUUCACAUUUUACGCGUGAAUUUCCUUCUCUACGUUCUUCUUCCAUUGAGCUUCUGUUGGUUCUCUCCCCUCGUUCUUCAGUCAGUGGUCUUGUUGGUUGGUGCAGUUCUUCCACAGCCCAGAGAAUCGUUAAGGUUUUGGAGCUAGCUGGAGGUGUCAUGGACGAGCUUGCAAACCCUAGUGGUCCCAGAAAGGAGUUUAUCAACAACCAUUGCCGCGAGUUCAUGCAAUUGAUCAAGGAUAUUCAAGUGGCACUGCGGGAUGAAAUUAAAAGUGCAUGUGAUUACCGUCCGUUUGAGAAGUGUGAUUACAGUUCAAGAGUAGCUAAUGAAAUCUGUUGCAAGAAACUGGAAUAUGUCAUGUCACAGUUGGAUGCAAUGAAAGAAACAAUGGAUGAAUAUCAUAAUGCAGUUUGA